AUGGCGGGGCCGGCCCGGAGCCGUUACCGGCGGUGGCGGCGGCGGCGGCGGCAGCACCCGGAAGCGGAGGAGCCGGUCUACAUCGAGAUGGUGGGGGACGCGCGGGGGGGCCCGGGGGGCGACCCCCGCCGGGGGGGGCCGGGGGCGGCGCCCCCCCCUCCCGCCGAGGAGCCCGAGGCCAUUUACGAGGAGAUGAGCUGCCCCCUGCCCGCGGGGGAGGGGCCGGGACACGCCCCUUUCCCGGGACACGCCCCCUUCCACGGACACGCCCCGCACGCCCCUUUCGGCGGCCCCGCGCUGCACUCUGGCCACGCCCCCUACAGCGGACACGCCCCGUUCUCCGGACACGCCCCUCACGCCGGCCGCGCCCCCUUCAUCGGCCACGCCCCGUUCUCCGGCCCCGCCCCCAUCCCGCCCCCUUUCCCCAACCUGCUGCCGCCCCGCCCACCCCCGCUGGCCCCCUGA